AUGAGUUUGGAAAAUCAAAAUAAAAAGGAUGAUGGCCAAAAUGAAGAACCUGAAAAUAAUCAAAAUUCGAAGAGAAAAAAUGAGGGUUUUUUAUUUAGAGGGUUAAAACGGUUUAAGCAAAAAUUACAAGGUACAGAAGAAAAUGAGAAUAAAUCGCAAAGUGAAAAUGAAAAUAAAUCGCAAAGUGAAAAUGAAAAUAAAUCGCAAAGUGAAAGCGAGAAUAAAUUGCAAAGUCAAAACGAGAGUGAGGCAAAGAUUCCAGAUUCAGAGAAAUCGGCAAGUGAUGACGAAAUUGAACAAGAUCUAAUAAUUACAAACAAAUUUAAAACUAAUAAAAGAAGCAAAAAAAUUAUAGAUGAAAAUGAUGAUGAGGAAAUGUUAAGCGAUAAAAAUGAAUCCAAAGAUAUAAAUUCUGAAAAUACCAAAUCGGAAGCAAAUAAAAAUGAUAACCAUAUUAAUGAACACCAAAAUCAACAAAAAAAAAAUAAAAUGAACAAAUCUAAUAAAAGGAAAAUAGAAGAUGACGAAGAAGAAGAUGAUGAUGAUGAUGAUGAUGAUGAAGAUGAAGAAGAUGAUGAUGAUGAAGAGGAUGAAGAGGAUGAAGAAGAAGAAGAAGAGGAAGAAGAGGAAGAUGAUGAUGGAGAAGACGAAAUGAAAGGGUUUAUUGUUGAUAGUGAUGAAGAAGAUGAAGAUGAAGAAGAAGAAGGAAAAAAAAAGAGACGAAAAAAAAAAAAAAAAAAAAAAUAUGAUUAUUUUGAAAAUAAAAGUUUAGAUGAAGAAGACCUAGAAUUGAUUGCAGAAAAUACAGGAAUUAAAGUUCCAAGAAAUGAAAAAGAUACAAAACAUAGAAGAUUAAAAAAAAUAAAAGAUGUUGAAUCAAAUGACGAUUAUGAUGAUAAUGAUAGUAGUAGUAAUUACAAUGAACGGAAUGAUAAAACAUUCUAUAAUGAUCCAUUUUAUAAAAAAAAUAAAAAUAACAUAAAUGAAAAUAAAAUAGAUCAAUUAAAACAUAAAAGCUAUUUUAUUGAUGAUAGUGAAAAUAAUUUAAAAAAACACAAAAAUGAUUUAUUCAAUUAUGAUGAUAAUAUGUUUGAUAAUGAAGAAAAUCAAGAAUCAGAUAAUAUAGGUGAAGAAAUAAUAGAUGGAUAUCAAAAUAAUUCUGAACAUAUUGGAAAACCAGAUUCUUAUAUACAUGAAAUGAUUAGACAAACAUUUGGAGAUGUAAAUACGGUUCUAGAUAUAAUUAACGUUUCCCCAGUUAAAAAAAAAAAAAAAUAUGAAUAUGAAGAAGAAGAUGAAGAAGAAGAGGAGGAAGAUGAUGAGGAAGAAGGAAGCGAUUUAUUUUCAAAAAAUCAAGCAUCUGAUGAAGAUAUCGAUAUAAAAUUUAAGAAAAAAAAAAAAAAAAAAAAAAAAAAAAAUAGUUUUCUUGAUGAUAUAAAUGAAAAUUUAAACAAAGUGGGAAUGGAUGAUGAUUCAGAUUAUGAUGUAAAAGAAGACGAACUUGAAAAUCAAGAAAUUGAAGAUGGAAUUUUAGAAAAAAUUAGUGAUGAUCAAACAGAUGAAAUACAAAGUCAAAGCACCAUUAGUGAAACAACCACUAUUGAAGAUAGUUAUAUUAACGAUUUAAGCAGCGAAGAAAAUGAAAGUGAUAAACUUUAUGAAAAAGAAUACGAUAAUAUUUGUGGAGAACAAGAUGAUGAAGAUAAUAUAAAUAUCCAUGAAAAAAAAGAAAAAAAUAAAAAUAAAAAAUUAUCUAUAUUAAAUGAAAGUAGUACUAUUGUAAAUACAAAAGAAAAUAAUAAUCUAUUUGAUGAAGAUAUUAUAGAUCAAGAAAAAAAUUAUAAAAAAAAAAAAGAAAAAAAAAGUGAUAAAAAAAAAAAAGGAAAAAGAAAAAAUCUUGAUCUUGCAUCUGAUAAAUGGAAAAAAAUUGUAGAACCAGAUGAAGCACUUAAAGAAUUAUUAACAAAAAAAGACAACUUAAUUAGAUAUUCAGAUAUUCCAGAAAGAUAUUAUUUUAAUUAUGAAAAUCGAAAAAAAAAAUUAACAAAAAAAAUAUUGUUAAUUGAAUCAAAAUGGAUCAUAAAUAAAUUAAAAGAAAAAUAUCCACAUUAUUUUACUCUAAAAAAUUUUGAAAAAAUAAUAGAAGAAACAUAUGAUAAUGUUUAUGAUCAUAUAAAACCUAGUGAUUUUUUAUCUGAUAAUUUUUUAAUAAAAAAAUGUAUAUUAACAUUAAAACUGUUAAUAGAACAUAAAUAUGAAAUUCCUUUUAUAUAUUUUCAUAAAUCAUUUUUAAUAUUUCCACCAUUUAAUUUAAAUAUUUUAUGGGAUAUAUUUGAAUUAGAUAAAAUUUGGUAUAAAAUUUAUGUCAAAAUUCAUAAAUUAAAAAAAAACUUAAAUUUAUUAUCUCUCCAAAAUUGUACAAUUCAUCCUAGCAUUUUCACACUAUUAGAAAAGUAUAAUGAAAUAUAUUAUGAGGAUAUUAACAUAUAUUAUUAUUAUUUAAAAAAUAAAAUUACAGAUUUGUAUACACCCACACACCCACAAGCUGGUAACGAUAACGAAAAUGGCAAUGCCAAUGGUAACGAUAACAAUAUCAAUCUUGAGCCUGAUGAAAAUAACAUCUUGUGCAUACAAAAUGGAGAAACGCAAGAUGUUGGUAAUAGUUAUGAUGAUAGUAAAGAAUAUUUAAAAGAUGAUUUGUUUGGUGAAGAUUUGAUAGAAGAGACUGAAAAAAUAAAUGAGAAAAAUGAGAAAAAAAAUGAGAAAAAUGAGAAAAAAAAUGAGAAAAAAAACGAUCAAGCUAAUGCAGAACAAAUUGAUUAUGCUGAAAAAAAUAUAUCUGGAUUACAAUUUUUAAAGUUUGUAAAAAAAAAUAAAUUUAAUAUAUGGGAUAAAUAUCUUUUAACAGUAGAUGAAUUUUAUGAAAAUAUUUCAUAUAUUUUUGAUAUAAUAAAAAAUGAAAAAAUAUGUACAUUAAAUGAUGAUAAUGAAUAUGGUAAUACAUUUUCAUAUGACAAUCAUGGAAGAAGACAUGAUAAAAAACGUCAUGAUUAUAAAUAUAAAUUAGAAAAAGAUAGUCAUAAUAUUUUACAAAAUUUUAAAUAUGAUUGUUCUAAAAUAAAAAAUAUAGUAACAAAUAUACCUGAAAUAUAUGGAAAUAAUUUAAACAUCGAAUUUCAAGCUGAUGAAUGGUGCAAAUCACUUUUUCCAAAAGAUGUAGCUAAUAAAGAUAUUUUUAAAACACUUAUUUGUUAUUAUUCUAAAAUUUUGGCAUCUCAUCCUUGUAUAAAAUAUAUUUUCAGAUUCUAUUUUCUGAAAUAUGCAUCUAUAACAACAAUAACAACAACAGAAGGAGAAGCACAUAUAGAUACUAGUAACCCUGAUUAUUUAUCUUUUAGAUUAUUUAGAUUCCCUGUACAUCUAUUACUUAAUCAUAUUAAUGAAAAACAAUUUCUAAACAAUUCACAAUCCAAUAUAAACGAUAUAGGAAAAAAACACACAACUCGGGAAUCAAAUUGGGAUGUAAAAGAUAAAAUAAAUUUAGAAGAAAAAAAUAACACAAUAAAUGAUAUAUCAAAUAAAAAUAUAGAUAAUAAUAAUAACAACCCUUUAUAUAAUCAUGAUCCAUGCUAUAUACAUAAUUAUAAUGUAGACCAUUUUAAUACAAAACUUGAUGAAAGUGAAAUAGGAAUAAAAUUAAAAAAAAAUGAAUUAGAAAAAUAUUAUAACUUACACAAAUAUAAACAUAUUUAUUUAGACAUUUUAAAAAAUAAAGAAAAUAAACUUCUUAAUUUAAUUAUUCAUCCAAUUUUACCAAAUGAAGAUAUUCCAUGGAAAAAUGAAAAAUUUAAAGAAAGAGAACAAUUAAAAAAAAAAAAAAAAAAAAAAAUAUAUAUAUUUCAAAAUAGUAAUAAUCCUUCAAAAUAUAAAAGAGAAUUAGAUGUAAAAGCUUAUUUUGAUAUGGAAAGAAGUCAAUUAAUCAAAUCAGAAAAUUUAGACAAUGAAUGGAUUAAUAAUAUAUUAAAACAAUUAUCUUAUGCUUAUUGUUAUAAUGAUAUGGAGAAUAAUAAUGUUUUUGUUUAUAUUCAAAAAAAAAUUUUAAAUAAUUUUUUAUGUAUAGAAUUAUUACCAUUAUUUAAAAAAAAUUUAGAAAAUUUAUUAUUAGCUAGUGCUCAAAAUUGGCUUAUGGCAUAUAUACAUCAAUCUUUUUAUUUGACUUUAAAUGUUCAACCAAUUAACAUUUUUAAAAAAAAAAAAAAAAAAAAAGAAAAAGAAAAAAAUAACAAAAAAAAAAAUAAUAAAGAAAUUACAAAUUAUUCUUCUGAAUAUAGUUUAGAUCGAUAUUCAUCGAAUUACAAAAAAAGUGACGAUUCCUACAAAAGUUUUAGUGAUGAAAGUGUUUCAAAAAUAAAAAAGAAUAGCAAAAAGGAUAGCAAAAUAGAUAGCAAAAAAAAUAGCAAAAAAAAUGGCAAAAAAAAAUAUUAUUCAGAUGAUUCAUAUAGUAGUAGUAGUAAUGAUAAUACAAAUAAAAAAAAAGGGAAAAUCAAAAAUAAGGAAGAUGAAAAUAGUAAAAAAAAUGCCAUAAAAGACACAAAAGAUAAGCCCGAUUUGUUUGAUUCAAGCUACUCCUCUGAUCAUAAUUCAUAUAAAGAUGAUAAAAAAAUUCAAAAAAAAAAAAAAGAUACAAUUCAAAAAAAAGAACAUGAUGAUAUAGAAAACAAACACUAUUUAACUUAUGAUAACUAUUCAGAUAAAUCUGAAAAAAGUUAUAUAUCUAAUAAAAAUGAUGAAAAAAAAAAAAAAAAAGCAAUUAUAAAUAAUAUAAAAAAAAAUCAUAAUGUAUACGAAGUAAUGUCAAUAAUAUGUGAAUCAAUUAAUUUUGGAAUCAGAUUACAUAUCGUAGCAUGUGAUAUAUAUGGAGAUAUAAUCGAAUACAUCUAUUUAGAUAAUAUAUAUAUAGAUAUUAUAAAAAAAGAAAAAACUAUUAUAGAACAAGAGCAAAUAGCAAAUGAUGUUAAUAUUCUUUUAUCCUUUUUGAACAAAAUUAAACCAGACAUUAUAUGUGUUGGAAUUAGAGAUAUACCAUCUUAUAUGGUAUUUUCUUACAUUCAAAAUAUGCUACAUAAUGGCAAAAGCGGCAGAAGUGAUGACAGAAGUGGCAGAAGUGAUGAUCGAGCUAACUUUUCCUCGAAAGAUCAACACUCAAAUGGUUCAAUUUCUCAUAACAUCACUUCAAUUAUAAUUGCUGAAAAUUUGUAUAUACCAUUUAUUGUUACAAAUAACUUAAAAUAUAGUACUGAUUUAACAACGAAAUAUUCUAGAGAAGCUCUUCUUGGUUUGUCCUUAUGUAGAUACGUUCAGAACCCAUUAGAUGCAGUUCUAUCUUUGUUUGAAGAUGAAAAUAAAAACAUGUUUAACAUCUGUCUUCACGAUUUACAAAAAUAUAUAUGUGGAUAUAAAUUAGAACACGUUUUUUAUCGAAUCAUUUUAGAUAUUGUAAAUAAAACAGGAUGUGAUAUAAAUUUUGUGAAAAAAAAAAAACAACAUUUUGGAAAUGCUUUAAGUUAUAUAUCAGGUUUAGGGUUACGAAAAAAAGAAGAAUUAAUGAAAUUAUUACAUAAUAAAAAUUUAAAUACUAGAGAAGAUUUAUUAACAUUGUCAUCAAACAAAAAUCUAAUUGGAAAUUGUGUAUAUAUAAAUUGUGCAUCUUUUAUUAGAAUAAUUGCAACUGGUAAUGAAUAUAUAGAAGCUUUAGAUAACACUCGUAUACAUCCACUAAACUAUCAUGAUGUUAUUCUAGAUUUAUUUAUGAAUAGUGUCGAAAAUAAAAAAAAUAAUUUUUUUAAAAAUAAAAAUAUAUAUGAUAUUGUCAAUUAUAUUAUAGACAAAAAAAAAAUCAUAAAUAACAUCGAAAUUAAGGAGUUCUCAAAAAAGCAUUACUUGGAUCGCCGAAGCAAAAGAAAGAGUAGCAACAACGAUGGCGACGAUGGAAACGAUGGCAAUAAUGGUGGUGGCAAUAAUGGUGGUGGCAAUAAUGGUGGUAGCAAUAAUGAUGGUGGCAAUAAUGGUGGUGGCAGUGACAUACUUAUUUAUCCUUAUUUGAAGUUUGUGAAAAACGAACUGCUACAGCCAUACAAAGACUAUCGAUGCCAAUAUGAAAACAAAACGGAAGAAGAAUUGUUCUAUCUUAUAAUUAACGAAAAAAAAGAAAAUUUAACAGUCGGUUCUGAAGCUGUGUGCAAAAUGAAUUAUAUAAAUAAAAAAAAUGGAAUAAUAAAAAUUACAAUAUUACCAUAUAAUAUAAAAGGGUAUAUUAGUGAUUCAAGAGAAUUUUUAAAACAAUUAAAAAAUUAUUAUAUAGACAAAAUGAAUUAUAUAAAUUCAAAUGCAGAAAAUUUGAAUGAUAAAAAUUAUAAUAAUAAAUAUAAUCGUGUUAAAUUAAAAGAUGAUGAAUAUAUUAAUGAAUCAAUUAUUGGCGAAAUAAUAAAAGGAAGAAUAGCUUCUGUUAAAUAUAAUUUAAAUAACACAUUUGAAACAAAUUUUCAAAUUGUAGUAACAGAUGAAAAUAAAAAAAAAAUAAAAAAACAACAAUUUUUAGGAAAUCUAGUAGAUGUAAUACAUUCUGAUAUAUUAUCACCAUUAACUGAAUUUGAUCUAGAUUAUAAUAAUAAUAAUAAUUUUAUUGAAAACCAUUUUAAAAAAUUAAAUGAUAAUGAAGGUAUAGAUGCUUUUGAUGAAGAAGAAGAUGAUGAUGAACAAAUAAAUGAUGGACAUAAAAUGAGAAUUAAAAAUAAAAAUAAAUAUUAUCAAAAUAAAAAAUAUUCAACAAAUCCAAUUUUUAAAAUAUGGACAUAUCAUGAAGUUCAUACAUAUUUAAAACAACCAAAUGUUUCAAUUGGAGAAUCAAUUAUAUAUCCAUCAAAUGAAAUAAAUAAAUUAUAUAUUAUAAUAAAAACAUGUGAUAAUCCAUUUCUUAUUGCUAAAUUUACUAUAUAUGAAAAAAAUAUACAUCAUAAUAAUAUUAACAUAAAUAAAUCAUCACAAUCAAUACAACAAGUAUUUAUAAUAAAUAAUGAACAGUAUAAAUCUUUUGAAAAUAUUGUUUCAUCAUUUUGUAAUAAUUUUAAAAAAAAUCUUUUAGAAUUAUAUAAUCAUCCAAAAUGUAAAAGAAAAAAAAGUAUAGAUCAAAUAAGAAAGGAAUUAUCACACGAAAGUUUUCAAAAACCAGAUAAUAUUGUUUGGGCUUUAAUACCCCCAAUAUAUGUAACAAAUAAAAAUGAUCAAAAAAAUAAUAUUAAUGAUAAUAAUAAUAAUAUACAAGAUAUUAAUCCUUUGCGAUUUAUUUUAAUGGUUAUACCACCACAUCAUCAUCAAACAAAUUAUUCAGCAAAUAAUAAACAUCAAAAUAAACAAGCAGAUCUUAUUGUUCUUCAAGAUUCUAUAUAUGUAAGCCAUAAAUCAUUUAAAUUGUGGACUAAGAUUGAAAGAACUUUUAAGGAUCUUAUUAUUUGGUGGAAAGAAAAAGGUUAUUGGAAUAGACAAAAUGAACGACAAGAAUAUAUGAAUGAAAAAAGAAUCAAAAUGGAGGAAUACAAAAAAAUGAGGUCAAUUCAAAACUAA